AUGGUUGGCUUCUGUCCUUUCCAGGGAGUCUGUGGCUUGGUCUUCCAUCCUCCGAAUGCUGAAAGUGGGGAGAGCACCUCCGGAUCCUGGGCCCAUGUGGAUGGGGAGAGGAUGCGGGUGACCAUGAGGCGGGUUCUUAUGGGGGUGGGCUUUGCCAUUGCCCUGAUGGUCUCUGCCCACCUGGGCCAACAGAUGCUGCAAUGCCAGCACAUACUGGGCCAAGGCGCCAACCGGGGACUGAUGCGCCCGGAGAACGAGGAGCUGGUGAUGUUGGACUCCAACCGGGUGGAAUACCGUUACAGCAAGGAGAUGCCUCUGAUCUUCAUCGGUGGCGUCCCCCGGAGCGGGACUACACUGAUGCGUGCCAUGCUGGAUGCUCACCCGGAAGUACGCUGUGGGGAGGAGACGCGCAUCAUCCCGCGUGUGCUAGCCAUGCGCCAAGCCUGGUCCAAAUCUGGCCGGGAGAAGAUGCGCUUGGACGAGGCUGGGGUGACUGACCAAGUCUUGGAUGCCGCCAUGCAGGCCUUCAUCCUGGAGGUGAUUGCCAAGCACGGAGAGCCAGCCAGGUACCUCUGCAACAAAGACCCCUUCACGCUCAAGUCCUCCCUGUACCUCUCCCGCAUCUUCCCAAACUCCAAGUUUCUGCUGAUGGUGCGUGACGGCCGGGCUUCCGUCCACUCCAUGAUCACCAGGAAAGUCACCAUUGCAGGCUUUGACCUCCGCAGCUACCGGGACUGCUUGAUCAAGUGGAACAAAGCUAUUGAGGUGAUGCACUCCCAGUGCUUGGAGAUUGGGCUCUCGCGAUGCCUCCCCAUCUACUAUGAGCAGCUUGUCCUGCACCCCCAAAAAACGAUGCAGGCCAUCAUGGAAUUCCUGGACAUCGCCUGGAGCGAUGCCGUCCUGCACCAUGAGGAGCUGAUUGGGAAGCCAGGCGGAGUCUCCCUUUCCAAGUGAGUGUCUGUUCUGCAGCCUCGCUGCAGUGCUUGAGAUGUGUGCAUUCCUAGCACAUUGGCCGUCAUCUCUGGAAUUGUCACGCCUUAGUUCACACACAAUAUGGGAUAGGGUGCAGCUGAGUCUUAAGAGCAUCUCCUUGGGUGCAGAAGAUCCUAGGUUCCGUCUCUGCUGAUGGCAUCUCCAGAGAGGGCAGAGAAAGUCCCCCAUGUGGAACCCUGGAGAGCCACCGCCAGCCAGCAGAGACAGCACUGCGUUAGAUUUUGCAAGGGAUCAUUAAAAUGUGAUUGGAGGGCUCUCCUGUCCAUUGAGAAUCUGGCAUGGGAGGGACGAAGAGCUCCAUCUGUCUUCCAGGUAGGGCCCAGGGAAGCUGCUUUGCUACAGCUGCAGUAGAGGGCUGCAAAUUUAGCUCUGGAGACUUGCAAGGAAAGUCAUAGGGGAAACUCAUUUCUUAAAACUCGCACACAAGGAGCUGUGGGAGGCAAAGUCCCCCUCAAAGCCUCCCUGUAUUGACUUGCUUAAUUUAUAUCCUACUUUUCCUCCAGCCCUGCUGCUUUUCUAGCUUCAUAGCUGUUUCCCCUCCCUCCAGGCUCAGUGUGGAGUUUCUGAUCUGACCUCCUCGUCUGUUGCUAAACUCACACAAGUGCUUAAUUCACCUGGCCAUUGUUAGUGUUUUCCUGGGUGCUUCCCUGCCUGGGACAGCCUCUUGCUUUGUAGAGCUGGGCUUCCUUGCAAACUACCUUUAAACUUAUAUAGCCGUGGGGAUUGAGAGCCUUGUUGCAACAAGGGCACGUGGUUCAGCUGUGGACCAGAGACAGUGGUGAUGACAGGAGGGUUCGGAUAGUUAAGCACCUCCUAUGAAUGCAAGCUUGUUAAAAUUAGGUAAAGGUAAAAUUAGGUCCAAUUGCGUACGACUCUGGGGUUGCAGCGCUCAUUUCGCUUUAUUGGCCGAGGGAGCUGGCGUACAGCUUCCGGGUCAUGUGGCCAGCAUGACUAAGCCGCUUCUGGUGAACCAGAGCAGCGCACGGAAACGCUGUUUACCUUCCUGCCGGAGCGGUACCUAUUUAUCUACUUGCACUUUGAUGUGCUUUCGAACUGCUAGGUUGGCAGGAGCUGGGACAGAGCAACGGGAGCUCACCCCGUCGCGGGGAUUCGAACCGCCAACCUUCUGAUCGGCAAGCCCUAGGCUCUGUCCCACAGUGCCACCCUCGUCCUGGUUUGUUAAAAUUAGCUCUUGCCUAAACCUAUGCUGGAAGACAGAAGUGCCUGGUGUUCUCUGGUCCGUGGGGUCACGAAGAGUUGGACACGACUAAACGACUAAACAACAACAAACCUAUGCUAAAAACUUUUAAAUUGAAGCGAUGAACUGCAUUUAAAGCUUAAACUGAGCACUAGGCUUAAACCUCUGUUUGUACACUGAAUUUUGUCCUGGCUCAAUUGCUGUGGCCUUCUACGGUCAUUUAGCAAUGGCUACAGUAAAGAGAAGCCAAUUAAGGGCCUCACAGCGAAAACUAGGGACUGUGGAAGGUUGAAGAAAUCAAGAGAGACCGUGAGCAGGUGCCACCCCUUGCCUCUCUGCUCUAGCCGGUUCUUACUGUUUUCUUGCUAUUGUGCAGGAUUGAGCGAUCCACGGACCAGGUGAUCAAGCCCGUGAACACGGAGGCCUUGACGAAGUGGCUGGGGCACAUCCCGGCAGAUGUGCUGCAGGACAUGGCUCAGAUUGCUCCCAUGCUGGCCAGGCUGGGCUAUGACCCCUAUGCAAAUCCACCCAACUAUGGGCAUCCAGACCCUCUGGUGAUCAACAACACACACAGGGUGAGUGCCACUAAGCCUGUCAUCCUUCAGGUGACGCUAGCUGGGUUGUGUGGUUUCCACCAGAUCUAUGCCAUGUGAUAAAAGAUCCUGUAGCAGAUCAACUUGUCUGGCUUUUAGCAUUACUAAAGUUUGUGUUUAUGGUGCAGCAGUUCAGUGACAAUGCAUUCUGCUCGAGAACGUGAUUUUUUUUAAAAAAAUAGCACGAAGCCUUCAUUGUUCAAGGAAAGGGAAACAACUAGUACAAUAUCAAGAAAGGCAGCAAAAGUUCUUACUCUCCUCAGGGCUGUAAGAUAAUGUACUGGUGAAGAUUUGUGAUCAGAUCUCCUGUUUAAAUAAAUAAGUAAUUAUGCAGUUGCUGCGGCAGGGAAAGGUUUUCUGAAUGUGAUCAGAGCAGCUACGCUGAUCUGAUUCAUACCCCAGAAGGAUCCAAAGAGCCCGCCCCUGCAGUGGUAAAAACGCAUGCCAGUACAGUGGUGCCCCGCAAGACGAAAAACUCGCAAGACGAAAAACUCGCUAGAUGAAAGGGUUUUGCGUUUUUUGAGUCGUUCCGCAAGACGAAUUUCCCUAUGGGCUUGCUUCGCAAGAUGAAACGUCUUGCGAGUUCUUGCGAGUUUGUUUCCUUUUUCUUAAAGCCGCUAAGCCGUUAAUAGCCGCUAAGCCGCUAAUAGCCGCUAAGCCGCUAAUAGCCGUGCUUCGCAAGACGAAAAAACCGCAAGACGAAGAGACUCGCGGAACAGAUUAAUUUCGUCUUGCGAGGCACCACUGUACUUUCAGAGACAGUCUAGAUCAGGGAAAGGGUUAAUCCCCAUGGCUACCAAGAAUGGAGCACUCUCCCCCCCCCCCCCAUGAAAGUACAUUAAAGAGUUGUGGGGUGUGGGGUUUAAGCUCCCUGCAAUACAAGCUGAUCUGGUAGCCUUGAUAUUUUAAACAUUCCAGUUGUGUUAAGUUGGGCAGAAUUGGGAAGUGCUUGUCUCUCAUUCCUAGCAUCCUAGUGGCCGAAGGGCCCCCAUUUCUCAAAGCUAGAAGAUAUUGUUCUCUAUCUGAGCUCUUCUGUGUUCCUCUGAGCAGCCAAAGGUGUCUUCCUAGAGGUCAAGAAGAGCCUCUUCCCACUUUCCCCAUUUCUCCAGUUCACUUCCUUUCCAUUCUGUGAUUUGCAGCCUUUAUUGUCCUAAUUGCAGUCAGUCAUUGCAUUGCAUAAUAUUGACUAGAAUCCAGAAUGGGCCAGCAUUAUUGAGGAUAGCCAGCUUCCCAACUGCGCAGAGAUAUUCUGCAGCAGUAAUCACUCAUGCCGUGGCCAAAGAGCAGCAUUCAGAGUGGAGGUGGACUCCGUGAGAGUUGAAUAUGAAAUCAGAGGUGUGGAAAUAUUAGGCGGGCAGGGGCCUCACCUGACCUUUUGCUCUUUGCACAGGUUCUUAAUGGGGAUUUUAAAACGCCUGCCAAUCUGAAAGGACACCUCCAGGUGAGUUCCCCUUUCCCAGUCACCUUUCUUCAUCUCUUCCGCUCUAUUCUCUGUUGCCUCUAUGCUUGUGUCCCCCCCCCAAGACCCAGGAAUGUUUUGGACCCUCCCUCCCUCCCUCCCAGGCCAGCUACUGAAGAGAAACUGCAAAUGUCCUCUUCCCCUUGCCUUGAUCUCGCGGUUCUGCACUUUGGAACUGAAUUGCAGCCAUGUUUAGGAGAUCAUCUGGGAUUCUGAAAUGUUCUUCCCAUGGAGAUUCUCCCUUCAUUCUCUUCUAAUUACACAUAUUUGUAAACAGAAAAGAAAAAAAGCUCCAUCAUGGUGAAAUGUAUAAUUCUACACAUUUUUAGGCAGCUUUGACUUUUUCUAAUUGAGAUAUCAAUUCUGCAGCACAUGAUAUAUAGAGGGUUGAUUUAAUAUUUUGGCAGACUAACUUUGCUCCUCCUUGGCCAAGUUUAGAAAGGCAGAGUUCCCAGUGUAAAAAGAGCACAAAUAAUAUGCCAUUUUUUCUGUCUUGUGUCUUUUUGCAGGGUGCACAAAAUACUACUGCUUUUCACUGA